AUGGCAGGAAAUCCAGGACAGCCGCCCAUCCAGGAUGGUGCUGGUUUCCAUCCAAUUUGGUUCCAGCCACGUAAUCAAGAUGCUGUAAGAGAGGAGCUUCGUGAAUUUCGUGAAGAACAGAUUCGAGCCGAACGACGAAGAGCCGAUCGCCUCCGACACCAACACGAAAUGCACAGAAGACCACGAGAGCACCGCCUCCGAGCAUCCGAACUUCGUCAUCGAGUUUACAAUGUCGAGAAAAUCUUCGCGGAUCGUCUAGAAAAUUUUGAAUGCGCACUUUGCAAAACAUAUAUUGUCAAUACUGAAUUUGAGGAUCAUCUGGAAGCAUGUGCCAGGGAGAAAGGGGUUUCGGAGAAUCAGACUAACCUCACCAAAUACCAUUUCCUGUCUCAGCCCUAUUUUCUGGAACAGGAAAUUUUUAAAAUUCGAGAAAUGCUGGAAAUUGAAUAUCUGGAAGUGACUGCCGACCGUGAAAAAAUCAUGGACAUGCACUGUGUUAUAUGUCAGAAUCCGCAUGAUCACAAAGGUGGAAUGUGCUACCCGGACCGUCAGAAAUCUGCGUUCAAGCUCAAGGUGAAUCACCCUGUGCAGCUAUAUAUGGCUCACUAUGAGAACUGGUUGUUUUACACCAAACAAAAAGGACUGGAUGAGAUCGAAGAGAAACAUGCCGCCCAUUUUGCGUCUAUCGAGCGGUUUAUGACCAGUGAGCAAGUUGAUUUGCGCCAAUACAUAAAUUUCAAUAUGGUCUCCCCAGAUAUUGAAAAAAUCAUCCAAUACCGGAAAAUUCUUCGCGACGAUGGUCUUGAAGCAGCCAACAAUUUCGAAACGGUCGCUUUUCCGGAUCUACCACCACCAGAAGGCCCAGUUGCAGUUGCGCCUGCAGUACCAGCUGAAGCACCUGCAGAAGCAGCAAGAGUUGACCAACAAAUGGAAGAAUAUUUCCAGUGGUUUCAGGAGCAACAAGACCAGAUACUGGGUCGUAAUCCAUGA